UCCAAGGGCCAAUUAAGUAAACAACAUUGCAUUUUUACUAUCUCUGCAAUUUGUAGACUUUUUUAUAAAAAAAAAUUGUCCUUACUUUUGUCGCAAGGCAUAGAAUAUGGCCCACUAUAAAGGAGCAGCCAGUGAAGCGGGCCGUGCUGCCCAGCUUAUGAAGAAGCGUGAAAUACAACAGCAAGAAAUUGAGUUUCGCAAGAAGAAAAUUGAGGAGGAGCUAAAAUUGGACAAAAUUGAAAACAAAUUUGCAACCCAUUACGAUGCCGUGGAGCAGCAACUCAAAACCUCCACCAUUGGUUUGGUCACCUUGGAUGAGAUGAAAGCCAAACAGGAGGACAUUGUAAGGGAACGAGAGAAAAAGCUAGCCCAGAAGAUAGAUGAAAAAGAGCGAGAGAAGCAAAGGGCCCUGGAAGCUAUACAAGCUGAAAAGAAUAAGCAAAAGAUACAAAUAAAGACAUUGUCAUUUAGUUUCAACGAUGACGAGGAGGAGGCGGACGAGGACGACGAUGAUGAAGAUGAAGACCAAGAUAAGGAGGAACAAUUGGAAAUCAAACCGGAAAAUUUCGUCAAACCCGACAAGAAAAAAUGGACCGAUUUGAAACCAGAAGACCUCAACACACUGCCAAAGAAGAGAAUAUGUAAAAAUCCAGAUGUGGAUACCAGCUUUCUGCCAGAUCGCGACCGAGAAGAGGAAGAAAAUCGUUUGCGUGAACAAUUACGCCAAGAAUGGGUAAUGCAACAGGCCACGCUCAAGGAUCAAGAAAUACCCAUUACCUUCAGUUACUGGGAUGGUUCGGGCCAUCGUCGUAGUGUGGUCAUGAAAAAGGGCAAUUCCAUAUAUCAAUUUCUGCAAAAAUGUUUGGAAGUUUUGCGCAAAGAAUUCAAUGAACUGAAAACUGUUAUGGCCGAUCAGCUAAUGUAUGUCAAGGAAGAUUUAAUAUUGCCCCAUCAUUAUACAUUCUAUGAUUUUAUUGUGACCAAGGCCAGAGGUAAAUCUGGCCCUUUGUUUCAAUUCGAUGUUCACGAUGAUGUGCGGCUGAUAAGUGAUGCUUCAGUGGAAAAGGAGGAAUCACAUGCUGGUAAGGUGUUGCUGCGUCAAUGGUAUGAGCGUAAUAAGCAUAUAUUCCCAGCAAGUCGUUGGGAACCUUAUGAUCCCACAAAAUCCUAUGAUAAGUACACAAUUAAGGAUAAAAAGAAAUAGUAGCAAUAAUGGAAUAAAUAGAAGAGAAGUAAUUGUGGAGUAAGAACAAA